CCUGUAUGUACCACGUGAUGGCACAUAUGCUUUUUUAAUCCUGUGAACCUCGGUGGCCAAGUUCGGAUAGAUAAUGGAAAUUUUCAGGCUUGUCAGCAGAUCAGAUACCAAAUUCGUGACAGUUAAACCACAGAUUUACAACAUGGGACACCAAACGUAGCGUGAACUCAUCAUGCCGAAAAAGAAGCGGUAUCAACGCGUACGCGAGGAAACCUACACGGGUAGAACUUCUCGGCAAAGUACAUACUCGAGCAUCGCAGCAUCUCCAGCAUCAGAAUUGCCUGACAAUGUCAUCAGAAACAACUUUGCGAUUGGUGAAGACGUGGAUCCCGCCGAGUGCCUCAAAUACCUUCAAGAAGUGUUCCAUGGAAAGUUGGACCCCGACGUAAUACAUAUGGUCCUCACAGAAUGCGAAUUCAAUGUUGAUGUCGCACUGGAAGGACUGCUCACCUUGCUCAACGAACCACCAGAAAAUGGCCCAAGUUUGCUUUUGUCAAUGCCCAAGGGACCUAAGAUUUCCAACCUGUCUUCUUCCAGCAGCAGUGAAAGUGUCGCCACAGAAAACAUUGUCACAUCCGAGGCCGAGGUACACAAGUCAAGUGAAGAAAGCGAGAGGGAAAGUCUUCGGGGAAUGGACAUUGGAAGAACAUCAUCUGCUUUUGGACAGAGUUCCGACCCCCGCACUCAUAAAUCAAAGUUAUCCUCACCAAGUCUGGCAGACCUGGUCGAUGCACCACCAUUCGUACCAUCCACAAAUUACGCAGCACCUCCCUUAUACAGCGAAGUAUCGAAGUUACCAGACCCUGACGUUGCCCAAGAAACGACGGCUCACGGAGACUUUCGCGCACGCCCGUCGGCAAGUAAAGCUCCGAGCGCAAAAGCACCGUCGGUAUCGGCGCAAGAGGACAAGAUACGAAUGCUUGUUGGACACGGCGAAAAAGUUCUGGUGUUAUUGCGCGGUCUCCCGGGCAGCGGAAAGACAACGCUCGCCGAAAAGAUAAGGGGAGGCGGAGUGGUUCUGAGCACGGAUCACUUUUUCUACAAGAGGGACGCGUACAAGUUCGACAAGACGAGGCUCCCUGAAGCGCACGAGUGGAACAAGGGUCGCGUCAAGCGGGCCGUCGAGGAGGGUCGCACGCCCGUCAUUGUCGACAACACAAACAUCGAAGCCUGGGAGAUGAUGCCGUACGUUGCAAUUGCUCUUCGGGGCAGGUACCACGUCGUCGUGCUGGAACCCGACACCCCCUGGAAAUUCAACGUGCGACAGCUCGCACGACGAAACGUUCACGGGGUGCAAAGCCGGAGCUUGGAAUUGAUGUUGGCACGGUACGACAGAGACGUUACGGCAGAGUCGCUGUGCAGGAGCCUCGGACUUUCGCAGAAAUCGCCGGAGUCCCCCGAACGCGGGGACGUGUCGGCUCCUCCGUGCGGUGAAGCUGACCCUCUGAAAGACUUGUCGUGGAGGAAAGCCAUGGAAAGUGCUGGGGAUGAAAAAGUUGAAAAUUGUGAACACGAAGCAACACCAGUUGCAGAGGAAACAAUCAGCUUGCAAGACCUGAUGGUGCUUGUGCAAAACGACAGUGAAGAGUCUAGCAACAGAAGCAGGCAGAGCUCGGGAAGCUGGUCGUCAGAACAAGAAUGCAAUGACUGGGAGGAAGUAACAGACGACGAUUUUCUCUGGAAGGCGUCUGCAAAGAAUGCAAUCAUGAAAAAACAUUCCGUUCAGAGUGCCAUCGAGGAAGAACCAGAAUUGUGUGGUACACAAGGCGAGAGUGACGCGGAGCAAGGACGCCGUACAGAUUUGAACAAAGGGUUAAUGGAAGUUCAUGAAAGUGAAGCCAUGGGAGAUGCCCCAAAGCCACAAAGACCUUCUGAAAACUUUCGUGCAAUAGCAAAGGCAGUACAUCCAUCAGAAAAAGACGAAGAGAUCAGUUUCUCCGAAUCGUGGAAUCCCCAGGAUAACAGAGAAGUAGAAGUACUAGGUGAGGGUCCAAAACCCCAACGGCAAAGAGAAUCGCCCAAGAAGCGAGGUAGCCCAACACGUGCUUCAGCAACCGAGAAGGAAGGUUUGAGAGAAGAAUUUGACGAAGUGCUAGUUACAAAGUCCCUCGAAAAUCUUACGUUGGCUUCAACAGAAUCAUCGGAGAAAGCAAAAGGUUCAAAAUCCCUAGAGAGCAUUUCGAAAGUUUCUUCAAAAAUAUCCCAGCUGGCGGGACAUCGUGAUGUGCAACGCAGAUCGAAACAACAUAAGGUAUUCGGCCUGGAACGGUCCGUUAGGGACGUUUCGUGGAGCAUCCCGGAGUUUACGUCGUGCGAGUCGUUGCAAGCGUGCGAAAAGAAAUCCACCACUGCACUGGCUAUGGCGGACGACUGGUCCCCUGCUUAUAGUGCUGAGAUGUCUGAGUUCAUGUCUUGCGAGUCACUGCUGGCCCAUCAAAAGAAAGAUGCUACAACGCUGACUACGGCAGAUGACUGGUCACUUGUGCAUUACGUUCUGACGGGAAAGUCAAACGAGUUGCCUUUAAUAGUUCCUAGAGACACAAAGAAAACUACUAAUAUUGAAAGCCCAGUACCGAAACGCGAUUGUAACCUGAGAGAUCAAAGCACGACCACCACUGACCUUCCCGCUCCAGAGCUGGACCCAUUGGACAGGCUCGAACUUUUACAGCAGUGUAUUCCAGAAGCUUCGAAGCCAGACUUGGAGGACAUCUUCCACCAGUGUCAUGGCGAUCACAUGUGGGCAGCAGAUCUCCUCCUCGAGUCGGGCACAGUCGGUGAUCUGAAGCCUCUAGUCAUCCGCGAAGAAGCCGAAGAAAGUGCAGAGUCGGUCAUUUCCAGCGAGCCCGAAGAGAAGAAGGAUGCGCAGUUCCAGCAGCAGGUGGCCAAGGAGCAGUCCAACAACAUGCACACGUUUCAUCAGCCUUCCGCCAGUGGGCAACCUGUCUUGUACGGCGACUACGGAAGUUGCGGAGAAUACUUUGGCGGAGAAACCUACUAUCGGUGCGAAGCCGCAAAUUAUUACACCGUAGACGGUGCUUACGAGAGCAUGGCCAACGGGCACGGCAUGGAAGCCGCGGAGCAAGAUUCUGAUCCGCCUUUCUUGCUGACGCUGACUCCCGCUUUUGCGUCGCAGUUAGUCGAAACGUUCGGAUCCGACGGCCUUCAUGUUUCUACAGACGCUUUCAAUCGCGAGGACCUGAGCGUCGCCAUCAGUCAUAGCUUGGCGAGAGAGGUGCAUCGGCUGUGGAUGCAAACCCUGAGACAGACACUGAACAGAGAAGACCAGGAGAUGAUAGAGAUGGCGCAAGAAACCAGAAGACAACAAAAUCAAGAGGACCAGCGCGGAGCAUCACCAAACGAAAGCACUCGCUUGACACAAGAUAGCGAUUUUCCAAUUCCUCCUCCCCCACAGUGGACAAAACCUUCUCAUGAGAUGAGCUUCAAAGAAAUCAUGGAAAUGGAGGCAGAGCUAGAAAAGCGAAGAAAGGAAAGGAUUAAAAAGUCUGAUACCGACAUGGCAACAAAGCUAAAAAAUCAGAAGCUCUACGACAAGUUCCCUGGCAUUGAUCGUCAGGCGCUGGAUGAAAUAUUUGCUGCCAACAACUAUUCCCUGUUACAGUCAGUGUCCACAAUUAAUGAGACGCUGGGAAUUGACCCGAGUGUGAGCGACGCUGCAGAACACCAGGAAGCUAUAGCCGAGUUGGUGAUGGCGGAGAGCAGGAUGCAGCAGGAAGAGGAAGACAUGGCUUGGUGUCCUACCGUAGAGGGUCACGAAAACAUGUACGAGCGACUGCAAGUCUUUGGAGACUAUGAUGCUCUGCGGAAGGAGGCCACCGUGCACUACCAUUUGCGGCAGGAGUCCUUCCAGAAGGCCAAGAGUGCUUAUCACCGGGGAAUGAAGACAGUUGCGGCAUUCUACUCGCAGCAGGGUCGCUUGCAUGCGGAGAAAAUGCGAACAGCCAAUGAGAGAGCGUCAGGAAUAUUGUUUGACCUCAGGAACGCCAGUUGCGACGACAACACUCUCGAUUUACAUGGUUUGCACGUGCAAGAAGCAAUCCAGGUGCUCAAGAACUUUGUUAAAUUGAAAAAACGUGAAGCCUGGUGCUUACAGAAAAGGAUGGUCCUGAGGGUCAUCACCGGACGUGGGGCUCACAGCUCCCACAACAUCCCGAAGGUCAAGUUUGCUGUCGAAGGGUACUUACGCAGCAGCCAGCUCAAUUACGACGAAAUGCAAGCCGGUAUGUUCCACAUAAAGUUAUAGAGUGAAACGAGCAUCAUCUAUACACCAGCUUUUUUAAAUGGUGAUCAGACUUAAAAUGAGUGCCAUGCACAUAGGUAGCUCCGUAGUUUGCAAUCGGGUUGUUUUGUACCACUGUUUUGAAUGGGUCAGAGUUGAAAGACGCAUGAAAUUGUGUUAUCUGUUUUUUUUUUGCAAGAACUGGUAUGAUCUCAGUCAUGCAUGAGCUUGGUUUAGGUAUUAUGCUCAAACAUAUUUUAGUACACAAUCCCAGGCAUUUACUUCGGGAUGGCGCAGGUAUAGACAGUUUAGGUUUGAAAGUACUUGUGGUGUUUGUGAUUGAACGUUUUGUUGGCAUGCACAGCAGCAACAACUAUUAGAGCUGUCUGGUGGUAACACGAGCUCAAAGACACAUUUUUAAUGUUGUUUCAUUCUGCCAUGUUAGGUUUUAAGAUGUUACAGAGAUGUUACGAAAAAAGAAAGGAUGCACAUCGGGUGUGUCUCAUGCUACAAUGUGUUCAAUCGCCGUCUGUAAAUAUACCAUCUUCCAUGAUUUAUACACUUUUUAUACACUUUGCUGUCGGGUAACACGUCUUGUACAGAUCUUUUUAUUGUUUAUAAAGAUCGAGGAGAGUUUUUUUAAAUGUUACAUGCAGUAUAUGUAGGGUCUUAUGUGUGAGUGUGAUGUGGGUAACGUGAGAGGAACAGGAACGGAAGUUGUUUUGCAUUGCUUAUCUGAGCAAGAGAUCGCAGACAUGGAUCACCCAACGAGCCUUCUGCGUCUGAAUGUGGCAUAGUAUGUGUUGUCCAUCACACAUCUGGAAAUGAAAUUGCAUUAUUAGAUAUGUAACACAUAGUCCGCAGAAUGGCAACAGAGAGUCGUAAAAAGGUAUAAAGGUGUCAGAGUGUGCGGAAGCUACCAAGGUUGUCUAACCAGUGAAAAAUUUUGCGUUUUAGAGAAAAAAAAAAAUAUAGUAUACACUUUGAAUUUUGUGUUUGUAUAUGCAGCUCAGUUUGUAAACGCUUGUCUUUUAAAGAGGCAGCAUGAAACUGUCAACUGACUGAGAUCAGAGUUGAGAACUGUAAUUUACGUGUAGAUGCAAAACGCAAAGCAGUGCAUCUUUGUUUCUUUUCCGUUUUUUAUCUUUUUUUUUUUUAACUAGAAACGUCCGGUUCAGUAUCAAAGUGACAUACGCAUUAGCUGCAGCACUUUGGCAGACGUCACACGAGUGUGCGGCUGAGAUAAAAGUGAUCCGGGACUUUUUCGAGAUGUGAUGAAACAUAAUCAGCAAAUUUUGUUUCAAAUGGGUGUCGUGAUUGCUUCUCAGGGCAGAAAUUGGAAGUAACUGACAGUGACCGCAAGUAAAUAACACAUGAUCUGUAAUUUGGAGAGUAAUUAAUUCUUUCUUGCGGAGGUGCACAUAGUACUUAUGCAUACUAUUUUAACACCUGAAGUCAUCACAGAAGCAAACUUCAGAUUUGUCCAUGGCAGUACUACUUCCAACAUUACCGAUUUUUAUUACGUAGAACUGCUCCUAAAAUUCUGUACUAAUGCCAAGUCACACUGAGUUUUAAAGCACGAAAAGUUUGAUCCCCUGUACCUCAUGCAAAUUCAUGAGGAUGCUAUGCCACAUGCAAAAUGCCUGUGGAACAGCAUGAAUCCUUCCGUAAUCAGGUAAAUGUUUAGUGCUUGAGGGUUUGGUGCUUAUCAUUAUUAAUAAUCAAGUGCUAAAAGAAACCAUAAAGUGAACAAUUUAUUUGUGAAUGAGAAAACUCUGCUGUGAUUUGUUGACAUUUUUGUCUUCCUCACAUCUCUAAAGCAAAGCAUUAUUGUUCUGGUGAGAACAGGCUAUGUUAACAAAAGGGAUUUGCAAGGCUCAAGGUUUGUAAAAGUGUACAAGCGUGAAACUGCUCAAUGACGUAGAUCAAAUAUAAUAAAAUUUGAAAUGAU